CAGGAAUAUUCCUUUAUUACAUUGUUUUGCAAAUCUAUGUACAAUACAAACUCUAUGAUUGUUUGAAGAGAAAUGCAUCUCUACCAGGCUCUAAAUGUGAGGAAGAAGGGCAAGUAGUAAAAAUGAAAGUGAAACCUUUUAAGCAGCUUAUAAACCUUGUGAUAUUUCUGACAUAGCUUGAAGUGUUUUAUUUCUCCCUUGAGGAGCAAAUUGGCAUCAGGCCGUAAAAGAGACCCAAUUUGGAAAUAUUUUAAUGAAGCUCCUCUAGCUAUGGGUAAAACAAGUAUGCAUGCAAAAUGCAAACAAUGCAACAAAGAAAUGCAAAGCCUGGUGGCCCGAAGGAAACAACAUCAAAAGUGCUAUGAGGAAAGGACCAUGUUUGAAGAGGCAGGAGCUUCAGGUGAAACCACCAUCAACAUAAAAGAUUCUGGAAACUAUCCAUUUUCUAAAUCGCCAUCCUCUUAUUCUACAGUUUCAGAGUUAUCUCUCCAGGAUAGUGCAUCAGUCACACAUCAUUUACACAUAUCUGCAAUAUAUCACCUAAAAGAAAAAAAAACACCUGGAACCAUAGAUAACUUUGUGAUAAAAACCAGCAUAUUAAAAAAAGAAUUAAUUGAUGAAAAAAUUGCUCGGUUUGUUUAUGCAACAAACUCUUCUUUCCGUCUGCUAGAAAAUCCACACUUUGCUAAUAUGAUUCAGUCACUGAGACUGGAUACAAUCCACCAAGAUGUUGCAGGGAAACUGCUGGAUAAAGUAUAUGAUGAAGAAAUUAUGCAAUGUGCAACAAGUCAAGAAGGUAAAGUUGUUAACCUAAGUCUUGAUGGGUGGAGUAAUGUCCACAAUGAUCCUGUUGUAUGUGCUUGUAUAACAACAGAAGAAGGCAAUGUAUUCCUUGCAGAAACAAUUGAUGCUUCAGGAAAUGCACACCCAGCAGCAUACUUAGAAGUAGCAGCAAAAGUUAACGUGCAAAAAAAAUUCAAAUGUUAAGUAUGCAGUUUGGUCAGAGACAACACUGCAAAUAUGUCCAAAAUGAGAAGUAAUUUAGAACAACAUGAAACUACCAAGCUAAUAACAUAUGGUUGUAGCGCUCAUUUGAUGCACCUCUUAGCCAAAGAUUUCUGUGUCCCAGAAAUAAAGAGUAAUGUUGAAAUUGCUAAAUACUUCCAUAGCAAUCAUUUUGCAGCAUCAGCUCUGAAAAUAAUGGAUGGAACCAAGCUAAUGCUCCCACAAGAUGUUAGAUGGAAUUCUGUAGUGGACUGUUUUGAACAAUAUAUAAAAAACACCUAUUCUGAUCACCGUUUGUGAGCAAAAUCGAGAAAAAAAUAGAUGGCAGUAUCACAGCCAAAAUCCUCAACAUUGGGAUUAAGAGAAAUGAAUUGAGCUUCCUUUUUUUCCCUUCAAUCUGAACAGCAUGUUAUCUGGACACAAUUAGAUUUAAGUAAAAAUACAAUAUUAAUCAACAUAAAUCAUAAGCAUAAUAAAUAUCAGCAAUAAUUGCAAAACUAAUACAAUUAGUUUAUCCAUCUUAGAAAAUUUUCAAUAGAGUUGUUUAUUAUCUUUUAGAUCUUAUUAAAUUCUAAUCUCUGAUUCUAUUAGUUAACCAUUGAUAA